CCGCCGCCGCCGCAGCAGCCCCCCCAGCCCGCAGCUCCCCCCCCAGCAGCAGCCACAGACAAAAGACCUAGGGGCCGGCCUCGCAAAGAUGGCGCUUCCCCUUUCCAGAGAGCCAGAAAGAAGCCUCGGAGUAGAGGAAAAACUGCAGUGGAGGAUGAAGACAGCAUGGAUGGGUUGGAGGCAGCAGAAACAGAAAACACUGUGGAAACAGAAGUCAAAGAACAAUCUGCAGAGGAGGAUGCCCAAACUGAAGUGGACAGUAACAAGCAGCUAACACCAGUUCUUCAGCGCUCAGUAUCUGAGGAGUCUGCAAGUUCCACUGCCUCUGUUGGUGUUGAAGCCAAAACCAGCGAACAACUCUGCGCCUUUUGUUAUUGUGGUGAACGAAGCUCAUUAGGACAAGGAGAAUUAAAACAAUUCAGUCCAACGCCAACGUUUAUCACCCCCUGGAAGAAACAGCUUUUAAGUAAAAGUGAGACCAAUGACAGCAGCGAUGCAACUUAUGAGAGAACUCCAAGGCAAAACUCAGUGCCACGCAAACAAAGAGGACCGAAGAAAGAGAGACCUCGACAGAGUAUAGCAUCAUGUACAAGUGUAAGCACUCAAACUGCUUCUGACGAUCAGGUUGUCAAAUACUGGGAUGAACUCAGUUUAGUUGGCUUACCAGAUGACAUUGAUUUGUUCAAUACUUUCUCAAUGGUAGGUCACUGCUGGGCUCAUCACCGCUGUGCGGAGUGGUCAUUGGGAGUAUGCCAGACUGAAGAGCAGCUAUCGGUGAAUGUGGACAAAGCUGUUGUCUCAGGGAGCACAGAACGAUGUGCAUAUUGUAAGCACCUUGGAGCCACUAUCAAAUGCUGUGAAGAGAAAUGUGCCCAGACGUACCAUUACCCCUGUGCUGCUGGAGCAGGCACCUUUCAGGAUUUCAGUAACUUCUCCCUCCUUUGUCCAGACCAUAUUGACCAGGCUCCUGAAAGAUCAAAGGAAGAGGCAAAUUGUGCAGUGUGUGACAGCCCUGGAGAUCUCUUAGAUCAACUUUUUUGUACCACCUGUGGGCAGCAUUAUCAUGGGAUGUGCCUGGAUAUACAAGUUACACCUUUAAAACGAGCGGGUUGGCAGUGUCCUGACUGCAAAGUAUGCCAGAAUUGCAAGCAUUCUGGGGAAGACAGCAAGAUGCUGGUGUGUGAUACGUGUGACAAAGGGUAUCAUACUUUUUGUCUGCAACCAGUUAUGGACUCUGUACCAACAAAUGGCUGGAAAUGCAAAAACUGCAGAGUGUGUGCUGAGUGUGGCACACGAACCAGUUGUCAGUGGCACCACAACUGUCUAGUAUGUGAUAAUUGUUACCAACAGCAAGACAACCUCCCUUGUCCUUUUUGUGAAAAAUUAUGUCACCCAGACGUACAGAAAGACUUGUUGCACUGUCAUAUAUGCAAAAGGUGGAUUCAUAUAGAAUGUGACAAACCUCCAGGUAAUGAAGAGGAUUCUCAGUUAAAAGAUUAUAUCUGUACUCUUUGUAAGCAAGUAGAAGGAGAAAUAGAUCAGACACAGCCAUGUGAUCUAAUGCAGACUUCUGGACUUACUGCCGAAUCUGGUAGUAUGACAGCUUGUACAAAUGAAAUGGACAUAGGAGGUGAUACAGAGGAUGUGGCAUUUCAGGAAAAAACAGUUACUGAUGAUGGUCCUGGUCAAGAAUCAACAGCUGGAUGUGUCUCAGAAGUUGCAGACAUAUCACGGGAUGAAAAGACUGUUGAACCGGAAGCAGGAGUUUCUGAUCAACUUGAUACAGAUGAAAUGGAAACAUCUCCUAAAAAGACACCUGUAUCUGAGGACAGUCAAAUUGAGCACAUGAUGCAAGUGACAGAAAGCAUUCAAGCUGUAACCCAGCAGGAGUCAGACAGACAAGCAGAAGAGCAGCAAUUGUCACAAGGUGCUGAGAUAUCAGAAGCAUCCACAAAGGAAUCUCACCCUGUCCUUUUAGCACCUGAGACCUCAGCUACACCACCAGAAACCUUGGUGUCUGUGAAUAAAGAGGAGGCUUCUUUUAAGAUAGAAGAACAGUUGGAGACAGUAGGAAUGCAAGAAGAUGUAGAAAAGAAAGAAACCCAUGAAAGCUCUGAAACACCAUCUCUUCUGUUGAAACUAGAAACCACUCCUGAGAGUUGUGCAAAUAACAGUUCACUUUUAGGAGACAAGCCUAUAAAGUCACCAAAUGAGACUUAUUCUUCAUUUUCAUCAGUUGACAUAAGUAAGAGAAGUGUAUGUUGCUCACCAGGAGUUUCAUUAGACAUGCAUUCUGCACGUGACUUGCUGCACAGUCAUACUCCACCUCGGAGUUCCUCUGCUGGAAAUGCUCUCCCACCAACUUAUAUAUCUGUCACUCCAAAAAUUGGCAUGGGAAAACCAGCUAUCACCAAACGAAAAUUUUCUCCUGGGAGACCCAGAUCAAGACAGGGGGCUUGGAGUACCAAUAAUACAGUGAGCCCACCUUCCUGGUCCCCAGACAUUUCAGAAGGUCGGGACAUUUUUAAAUCCAGACAGCUUCCUGGCAGUGCCAUUUGGAGCAUCAAAGUGGGCCGUGGAUCAGGAUUUCCAGGGAAGCGGAGACCACGUGGUGCAGGUCUUUCAGGAAGAGGUGGCAGAGGUAGAUCAAAACUAAAGAAUGGAAUUGGGGCUGUUGUCACUCCAGGGGUCACUACAAUGGAUGUUUCAUUUAACAAAGAUGAGGAAGAAAAUUCGAUGCAUAAUACAGUUGUACUAUUUUCUAGCAGUGACAAGUUCACUUUACAUCAGGAUAUGUGUGUAGUUUGUGGGAGUUUUGGCCAGGGUGCAGAGGGCAGGUUGCUUGCAUGCUCUCAGUGUGGUCAGUGUUACCAUCCAUACUGUGUCAGUAUUAAGAUUACAAAGGUGGUGCUCAGUAAAGGCUGGAGGUGCCUGGAGUGCACAGUGUGUGAAGCCUGCGGGAAAGCUACAGAUCCAGGAAGACUGCUUCUCUGUGAUGACUGUGACAUCAGCUACCACACUUACUGCCUGGAUCCCCCACUGCAGACAGUUCCCAAAGGAGGCUGGAAGUGCAAAUGGUGUGUUUGGUGCAGACACUGUGGAGCAACUUCUCCUGGUCUAAGAUGUGAAUGGCAAAACAAUUACACACAGUGUGCUCCUUGUGCAAGUUUAUCUACCUGCCCAGUCUGCUUUCGUAAUUAUAGAGAAGAAGAGCUCAUUCUUCAGUGUAGGCAAUGCGAUAGAUGGAUGCAUGCAAUCUGUCAGAAUUUAAGCACAGAAGAAGAAGUGGAAAACAUAGCUGAUAUUGGUUUUGACUGUACCAUGUGUAGGCCAUACAUACCACCAACAAAUGUACCUUCCUCAGACUGCUGUGACCCAUCAAUUGCAGCUCAGAUUGUUUCAAAAGUAAAAGAACUAGACCCACCGAAGACAUAUACCCAAGAUGGAGUCUGUUUGACAGAAUUGGGGAUGUCUCAGUUACAGAGCCUCACUGUUACAGUACCAAGAAGAAAACGGACAAAACCAAAGCUUAAAUUGAAGAUUAUAAAUCAGAACAGUGUAGCUGUGCUACAGACACCACCAGAUAUCCAGUCAGAGCAUUCGAGAGAUGGAGAGAUGGAUGACAGUAGAGAAGGUGAUCUUAUGGACUGUGAUGGAAAAUCAGACUCCAGCCCAGAACGAGAAACUGUGGAUGAUGACACUAAGGUGACAGAAGGAGCUGAUGGAGUCAAAAAGAGAAAGAGAAAGCCAUACCGACCUGGCAUUGGAGGAUUCAUGGUCCGCCAGAGGAGCCGUACAGGGCAGGGUAAAACUAAGAGAUCUCUCUCCAGGAAAGAUUCUUCCGGCUCUGUUUCUGAGCAGUUGCCUAGCAGAGAAGAUGGUUGGACUGAACAGCUGCCAGAUACACCAGUUGAUGAGUCUACCCCUGUUUCUGAAAAUACUGAGAAAAUAAAAAAGCGUUACAGGAAAAAGAAAAAUAAACUUGAAGAAACCUUCCCUGCAUAUUUGCAGGAAGCUUUCUUUGGAAAAGAUCUCCUAGAUACCAGUAGACAAAGUAAGCUGAGUUUAGAUAAUUUAUCCGAAGAAUCACUUCUGCUACCAUGUAAAACUAAUCAAACUGCCAAUUUUCUGGAUCCAUCUUCCGACCCAUUACUUAGCUCAGCCUCAACUCCAGCUCAAGCGAAACUGGGAGCUCAAGGUAGUUCUGAUGACCCUUUAGCUGACCUUUCAGAGGUCUUGAACACAGAUGAUGAUAUUCUUGGAAUACUUUCUGAUGAUUUAGUAAAAUCUGGAGAUCAUUCGGGUCUUGAUUUAUGCACUUUCCAGGUUGAGAACUCACCCUCCCCAUUUGCUGGACUAGAUAUCGGUCCCAUCUCUGAUGAUCCUUCUUCUCUGCCUCAGCCAAGUGUCACUCAGAGUUCACGACCCUUGAGUGAAGAACAAUUAGAUGGAAUUCUCAGUCCAGAACUAGACAAAAUGGUCACAGACGGUGCAAUUCUUGGUAAGCUGUAUAAAAUUCCAGAGCUGGGAGGAAAGGAUGUGGAAGACUUGUUCACAGCUGUACUGAGUCCUGCAAACACUCAGCCAACUCCUUUGCCGCAGCCUCCACCUCAGUUAAUUCCUUUACACAAUCAAGGGGAAAGUGUGUUUUCAAGAGUACCACUUAUGAAUGGCCUGAUUGGACUCAGCUCCCAUCUCCCUCAUACUCCUUUGGCUCCUGGAGGUGGACUAGGCACUUUCUCUCCUAUUACGCAACCACCAUUCAGUGAUAACAGGGAUAAGAACCCAGCAUUUAAUCCAAUAGUAAAUGAUCCUAACAGUUCAUGGACGCCAUCCGCCCCCCCUAUAGAAGGAGAAGGGGACACAAUGUCCAAUGCUCAAAGAAGCACUCUUAAGUGGGAGAAAGAAGAAGCACUAGGUGAAAUGGCAACAGUAGCACCUGUUCUGUACACGAAUAUCAACUUCCCCAACCUAAAGGAAGAAUUUCCAGACUGGUCUACAAGAGUGAAGCAGAUUGCUAAAUUGUGGAGAAAAGCAAGCUCACAAGAAAGAGCACCAUAUGUGCAAAAAGCCAGAGAUAAUAGAGCUGCUCUACGCAUCAAUAAAGUGCAGAUGUCAAAUGACUCCAUGAAAAGGCAGCAGCAACAGGAUAGCAUUGAUCAUAGCUCUCGAAUCGACUCAGACCUCUUUAAAGAUCCAUUAAAGCAGAGGGAAUCAGAACAUGAGCAAGAGUGGAAAUUCAGACAGCAAAUGCGUCAGAAGAGUAAGCAGCAAGCCAAAAUUGAGGCCACACAGAAACUUGAGCAAGUGAAAAAUGAGCAGCAACAGCAGCAGCAACAGCAGCAGUUUGGUUCACAACAGCUUCUGAAUCAGUCUGGCUCAGACACACCAAGCAGUGGGAUACAGAGUCCCUUAACGCCUCAGACUGGCAAUGGAAAUAUGUCUCCUGCUCAACAGACAUUCCAUAAAGACUUAUUUACAAAACAACAAUUACCCUGUGCCUCUACUUCAGUAUCCUCAGACGAUGUGUUCCUCAAACCACAAGCACCACCUCCGCCCCCAACGCCAACUAGAAUUCCAGUUCAGGAUCCUCUUGCUCAGCCACAGACACCUCAGCCCUCAUCACAACAAAUGUUUCCUCCAAAUGCUACAAACUCCAGACCGCCUUCUCCAAUGGAUCCAUAUGCUAAAAUGGUGGGAACACCCAGGCCACCACCUGUUAACCAAAACUUUGUUAGAAGAAAUGCCAUUACACCAGUGGAUACCUGUCCACCAGCAUCAUCUGUAUCAAGGCCUGUUCAAGUAAGUGAACCAGCAGGAAACAGACCUUCACCAGUCAGAGAUGCAUGUUCUUCAUCUCCAGUUAGCAGUGACCCCUAUGCAAAGCCACCAGAUACACCCAGACCUGUAAUGACAACAGAUCAGUUUUCCAAACCUGUGGGGGUAUCAAGAUCUCCCAUAAUUAUGGAACAAUCAGGGAAAGCUCCUUUAACAACUGGGAGCAAUGACGCAUUCACUAAACCAGCUCCUAGAACAGAUAUAUUUCAAAGACAGAGAAUAACUCCUGCUGAUUCCUAUGCACGACCACCACUAACUCCUACUCCCAUUGUUGAUGGUAACCCUGGACCCUUUAAAACUCCAAUGCGCCCACCACAGUCCCCACAAGAUCCUUAUGGAUCAGUGCCACCAACACCGAGACGCAUUGCUGUUGAUCCAUACGAAAGGCCUGUUUUGACACCAAGGCCAGUGGAUGGUUUUUCCCACAGUCAAUCUAGUGAUCCAUAUAGCCAGCCUCCUCUAACUCCUCACCCGGCAAUAAAGGAGCCUUUUGCCCAUCCACCCAGGGUAAUGCGACAGCAAAGUGACUCUUUCUCUCAGUCUGGACCCAUUUCAAGGCCAGCCUCUCAGGACCCUUAUUCCCAAGCUCCAGGUACACCUCGGCCGUCUAGUGACCCUUAUUCUCAGCCUCCAGGAACUCCCCGACCCACCACCGUUGAUCCAUAUGUGCAGCAACCACCCACACCAAGACCUGCACAGCCAGCAGAUUUAUUUGUUCAGUCUCCUGCAAAUCAGAGACAUUCUGAUCCUUAUUCUCAACCUCCUGGCACACCAAGGCCAGUUAUAAAUGACCCUUAUUCUCAGCCACCAGCAACUCCAAGGCCAGGGAUUCCAGAGAAUUUUAACAGACCCCCAGUAAGGCCAGGACUAAUGCCAAAUCGCGAUCCUUUCCUGCAGGCAUCCCAAAACAGAGGAACUGCUCUUCAGGGCCCUUUUGUAAGACCACCAGAUGCAUGUUCUCAAACUCCAAGACCAGCAGGACCUCCUGUCACAGAAUCAUUUAACCGUGCUCCAGCAGCCCCAGCACAUGAUCCUUAUGAUCAGCCUCCAAUGACUCCAAGACCUCAGCCAGAAGCUUUUGGAACUAGUCAGCAUGCCCAUGAAGCUGAUCAGCAAAGGUCUGUCUCUGAGGGCAAUUUUAAUGCAUCUGCAAAUUCUCCAAUGAAUUCUCAAGGGCAGCAGUUUUCCACAGUCUCACAAGUUUCUGGCCCAGCACCAACUUCAGGAGUAACAGAUACACAGAAUACCAUGAAUAUGUCUCAGGCAGACACAGAGAAACUAAGACAGCGCCAGAAAUUGCGUGAAAUUAUUCUGCAGCAGCAGCAGCAAAAGAAGAAUGCUAUACGUCAGGAAAAAGCACUACAGGAUCCAGCCACACCUCCCCAUGCAGCUCCACAUCAGCACUGGCAGCAAGAAAAUCUCAAUCAGAUUUUUAAUCGACCUCCUCCUCCCUACCCUGGGAAUAUUAGAGCAUCCAUCAUCCCCCCAGGUGGUCCAAGGUUCACAGUAUUCCCAAAAGAACCCCAGUUUCCAGGAGAUAUGACUGCCAUGGGGAUGAGGCCUCAUGGUCUUAGAUUUGGGUUUCCAGUAGGUGGCCAUGGUCCACCAACAGGCCAAGAACGUUUCCUUGGGCCUCCACAGCAAAUGCAGCGCGCUGGAGUUCCACCACAGCUGAGAAGGUCUUUGUCUAUAGAUAUGCCUAGGCCAUUGAACAACACACAAAUGAAUAAUCCAGCUGGACUGUCUCAGCAUUUUCCACCACAGGGUAUUCAGGUUCAGCAACACAAUAUACUGGGGCAAGCAUUCAUUGAGUUACGUCACAGAGCCCCUGAUGGCAGACCAAGACUCCCCUUUAAUCCCUCUGCCGCUAAUGUUAUAGACACAGCACCCCAGCAUCAGCGGCAUACAGGAUUUGUACCUAGACAGGAUUUUCAGGGUCCACGACAUACAGAUCCAGUUAGAAAUAAUCCUCAAGGUCUAACUAACCAGUUGCAGAUGUCUACAAAUUUGGAGCAUUUGCCACAAUCUCAGCAAGAUAAUCGUGACCAUCCGCCUGUGCUUGUCAUGCAUUCUUUAAGUCAUCCCCUGGUUAAUGAUGCUUUUUCAGGAACUCCUUUGCCUACACCUACAUCCAGUGAGGCAUCUGGGAAUCUACAAAUUCCCAACCAGCCAACUGAUGGAUUAGAAGAGAAACUUGAUCCUGAUGAUCCCUCUGUAAAAGACUUAGAUGUCAAAGAUCUGGAAGGGGUUGAAGUCAAGGACUUAGAUGAUGAGGAUCUUGAAAAUCUAAAUCUAGACCCAGAGGAUGGGAAAGGAGAUGAGUUGGACACUUUAGAUAAUCUAGAAACCAAUGAUCCUCACCUUGAUGACCUUUUGAGAUCAGGGGAAUUUGAUAUAAUUGCAUACACAGACCCAGAACUUGAUCUGGAGGAUAAAAAAAGUAUGUUUAAUGAGGAAUUGGAUCUUAGUGUCCCUAUAGAUGACAAAUUAGGUACCCAGAGCAAGACAGAACCAAAACAGAAAGAACAAAGUGAUAAAACUUCAGUUCCCGCUGGUGAACUUUCUCCGCAGAAGAAAUCAGCUAUGGAAAGUGAGAUUAAAACAGAAGUGCUUUCUCCAAACUCAUUAGAGGAAACAAAGUCUGAAAAUGAAAAAAGUGAUGGAAAUGUGGAAUCUGCAGGUCCUCCGCUUGCUGAUGAAACAAAGUUAAAUGAUGGAGAAAAAGCUCCUGUGCAGCCUAAUAAUCCAGAAUUACCUGACAAAACCAUUAUUACGAAUCAGGAAACAGCUGUGUCUAGUCCAAAUGUUGUUCAGGGCCCUGCUCAAUUGCCUGCUCAGGGUGUUAUAAGUUCUUGCAGUAUUUCUGGAUCCACACCUGUCCUUUCAAGUCUGCUGGCCAAUGAAAAUUCAGAUAACUCUGACGUACCGACAUUAGGCUCUCCAGUUCAGUCUUUGCCUGUAACACAAACAAAUCAUGUAUCAGGUGUUUCACAAACACUAAUGACACCUGCUGGACAAAUUUUGGAAAACACUUUAAAUUCUACUCUGACUGUGGUUCCACGGGUAAACCAUAGCUUCUCUCAAGUGGCAACAGUAAAUCCAGGAUUUAUCCAAGGUCAGUCAACUAACCACGGCUUUGGGACAGGACAAUCUAGCAAUCAAGCCGUGACUUUGGCAAACCGCCCUGGUCCCAGUGGUAUAUCUGGUCCCCAGCAGGCAAUGCUCCCUCAAACUCUAGCCCAGCAGCAAAAUCGGGAGAGACCUCUUUUGCUAGAGGAGCAGCCCCUUCUUCUGCAGGAUCUUCUGGAUCAGGAAAGGCAGGAGCAGCAGCAGCAGCGACAGAUGCAAGCCAUGAUUCGUCAGCGUUCAGAGCCAUUUUUUCCCAAUAUUGACUUUGAUGCAAUCACUGAUCCCAUUAUGAAAGCAAAAAUGGUAGCUCUUAAAGGUAUCAAUAAAGUAAUGGCACAGAGCAAUAUGGGAAUGCCACCAAUGGUUAUGAACAGGUUUCCCUUUAUGGGUCAGCCAAUGCCAGGAACACAGACUAGUGAAGGCCAGAAUCUUAUGCCGCAAGCAAUCACACAGGAUGGAAGUUUGACACCUCAGAUUGCAAGGCCUACUCCUCCAAAUUUUGGUCCUGGUUUUGUUAAUGAUUCACAAAGAAAGCAAUAUGAAGAAUGGCUUCAAGAAACACAACAACUUCUUCAAAUGCAACAGAAAUACCUGGAAGAGCAAAUUGGCGUGCACAGAAAAUCAAAAAAAGCGCUCUCAGCAAAACAACGUACUGCCAAAAAAGCUGGCCGUGAAUUCCCAGAAGAAGAUGCAGAACAGCUUAAGCAUGUUACCGAGCAGCAGAGUAUGGUCCAAAAACAGCUAGAACAGAUUCGAAAACAGCAAAAGGAACAUGCAGAGCUCAUUGAGGAAUAUCGAAUCAAGCAGCAGCAGCAAUGUGGGAUAACACCGCAUGCUAUAAUGCCAGGCGUCCAGUCUCAGCCAUCUAUGGUUCCAGGAGGAACACCACCAGCAAUGAAUCAGCAAAAUUUCCCCAUAGUCGCACAACAACUCCAGCAUCAGCAGCACACAGUUGUAAUUCCUGGGCAAUCCAACCCAGCCAGAAUGCCAAACUUACCUGGAUGGCAACCUGCACCUGCUCCUCCAAAUCACAUCCCCCUCAAUGCUCCAAGGAUGCAACCUCCAAUGACACAGUUACCAAUGAAUCCUGGCACCCCAACUCCAGUGCCAGGUUCCAAUGCAAAUGCACAGUCAGGGCCACCACCAAGGGUUGAAUUUGAUGAUAAUAAUCCAUUUAGUGAAAGUUUUCAAGAGCGGGAGCGAAAGGAACGUUUGCGAGAGCAGCAGGAACGGCAACGAAUACAGCUAAUGCAGGAGGUGGACCGACAGAGGGCUCUGCAGAGGAUGGAAAUGGAACAACAUGGCAUGAUAGGGUCAGAAUUAAAUAACAGAGCUUCCUUGUCUCAGAUACCUUUCUUUAACUCUGACCUACCCUGUGAUUUCAUGCAGCCUCCGCGUCCUCUUCAGCAGUCUCCACAGCAGCAGCAGCAGCAAAUAGGGCAAGUUUUGCAACAAGGCCCUGUGAACUCACCACCUGCUGUAAAUUUUAUGCAAAGCAGUGAGCGAAGACCACUGGGGCCUACCUCUUUUGGACCCGAGCCACCUUCAAUUCCUGGUGGAUCCCCUAACUUCCAUUCUGUAAAACAAUCCCAUGGGGGUAUCUCUGGGACCAGCUUUGCACAGAACCAAGUCAGGCCUCCAUUUGCGCCUGGUAUACCUGUUGUGCCUCCAGCAGCUGGUAGUGGUCUUUCCUGUGGCCAAGACACCAGCACACCCCAUGCACCAAAUUUUCCUGGGUCAAGUCAGUCUCUUAUUCAGCUGUACUCUGAUAUAAUUCCGGAAGAGAAAGGGAAAAAGAAAAGGACACGAAAAAAGAAAAAGGAUGAUGAUGCUGAGUCAAUAAAAGCACCAUCAACUCCACAUUCGGAUAUAACUGCACCUCCUACUCCAGCUGUUUCAGAUUCUACCUCUACCCCAACAGUUAGCACACCUAGUGAACUUAUUCGUCAUCAGAAUGAGCUGGAGUCAGCAGAGCUAACAGGCUCAUCAACAACAAAUACUGCAGAGAACCAGCCUUCCUUAGAGCUGGAAUGUAAGCAUUUCAAUAGUGGCUUGCUCCAAAAGAAAUUUCCCCAGAAAUCGAGUGUCAAUCCUGAGACUGAACAGGGUAAGACAGAUUCUCCAGCCAGCAUUCAGGAAAUUAAACUGGAAAAGGCUGAAUCUGAUCAAUGUUCUGGCCAAGCUGAGCCUAAAACAGAAAAUCAGAGUGGUAUUAUGAUAGAAGACAAGGCCACACUACACCCUGCCUCUUCAGCACAGAGUCCACCACAAUCGACCAGCACCCCUGCAACCAAGGGGGAGUCAGGGAAUGAGCUGCUGAAACACUUACUUAAAAAUAAAAAAUCAUCCUCUCUUCUAAAUCAGAAAUCAGAGAAUAGCUGCCGAUCAGAAGAAAGUGCUGGGGAUAACAAACUAGUGGAGAAACAGAACACAGCUGAAGCAAUGCCAACUGUGGGGAAUCAAAUGCAAGGUGUAUUUGGAUGUGGUAACAGCCAGCUUCAGAGAACAGAUGUAGGACAUGAAAUAAAGAAACAGCGAAAUAAACGAACUCAGAGGACUGGAGAGAAGGCAGCCCCUCGGUCUAAGAAGAGAAAAAAAGAGGAAGAGGAGAAACAGGCUAUUUAUCCUAACACAGAUACAUUUAUCCAACUCAAACAACAACUCUCUCUGCUGCCUCUAAUGGAACCAAUAAUUGGAGUGAGCUUUGCACACUUUCUCCCCUAUGGCAGUGGCCAGCUAAGUGGUGGAAAUCGACUUAUGGGAAGUUUUGGUAGUGCUACACUUGAUGGGGUUUCUGAUUACUAUUCCCAGCUGAUCUACAAGCAGAAUAAUUUGAGUAAUCCUCCAACACCCCCAGCCUCUCUUCCUCCAACACCACCGCCAGUAGCUUGUCAAAAAAUGGUGAAUGGAUUUGCAACUACUGAGGAACUUGCUGGAAAAGCUGGAAUGCUGGGUGGACAUGAUGUUACCAAAGUGCUUGGACCAAAACAGUUCCAGUUACCUUUCAGGCCACAAGAUGAUUUGUUAGCAAGAGCUAUGGCUCAGGGCCCUAAAACUGUGGAUGUUCCUGCUUCACUUCCAACACCACCUCAUAACAAUCAGGAAGAAUUAAGGGUUCAAGAUCACUGUGAUGACCGGGACACUCCUGACAGCUUUGUUCCCUCUUCCUCUCCUGAAAGUGUGGUGGGAAUGGAAGUAAGUAGGUAUCCAGAUUUGUCUCUGGUAAAGGAAGAAACCCCGGAGCCUGUAUCAUCUCCCAUCAUUCCAAUCCUACCCAGCAGUACUGGAAAAGGUUCAGAAGCAAAAAGGAAUUAUGUAAAAUCAGAACCUAGUUCAGGAACUUUACCUGGUUCUGGCUUCUUUGGCUCUCAGCUUGGGCCAUCCCAAAAUGGUCCGAAAUCUGGCCUGAUAUCUGUAGCAAUUACUUUACAUCCCACAGCUGCAGAGAAUAUUAGUAGUGUCGUGGCUGCAUUUUCCAAUCUACUGCAUGUGAGAAUUCCCAACAGCUACGAAGUUAGUAAUGCCCCAGAUGUUCCAUCCUCCAUGGGAAUGAUAAACAAUCACAGAAUGCAUCCAGCUCUGGAAUACAGACAGCACUUAUUACUUCAUGGUCCUCAGGCAGGAUCCAUAGGCCCCACCAGAUUAGUAGGGUCUUAUGGAUUGAAGCAACCUAAUGUGCCAUUUCCUCCAAACAGCAAUGGUCUAGCCAGUUAUAAAGAUCACAAUCAAACUAUUGCAGAAGGCUCAGCACUGAGACCUCAGUGGUGUUCUCAUUGCAAAGUGGUUGUACUUGGCAGUGGUGUGCGGAAAUCUUUCAAAGAUCUAUCUUUCCUUAAACAGGAUUCCCGAGAGAUCUCUGAUAGAGUGGAAAAGGAUGUUGUCUUUUGUAGCAACAACUGCUUUGUUCUUUAUUCAGCAGCUGUGCAAGCAAAAAACUCAGAGAGCAAGGACUCACUUCCAUCAUUCGCACAGUCACCGAUGAAAGAAAUGACCCAGAAACCGUUCCAUCAGUACAACAACAACAUUUCCACAUUAGAUGUACAUUGUCUCCCUCAGCUGCAAGAAAAAGUUUCUCCGCCUUCAUCACCCCCUAUCACAUUUCCUCCUGCAUUUGAAGCAGCUAAGGUAGAAGCAAAGCCAGAUGAGCUUAAAGUAACAGUGAAGCUAAAACCUAGGUUAAAAACAAUACACAGUAGCCUUGAUGAUUGUCGCCCUCUAAGCAAGAAAUGGAGAGGAAUGAAAUGGAAAAAAUGGAGCAUUCAUGUUGUGAUUCCUAAAGGAUCAUUCAAACCUCCUGGUGAAGAGGAAAUAGAUGAGUUCCUCAAGAAACUGGGCACAACCCUUAAACCUGACCCUGUGCCUAAAGACUACAGAAAAUGUUGCUUCUGUCAUGAAGAGGGUGAUGGACUAACCGAUGGACCAGCAAGGCUUCUUAACCUUGACUUAGACCUUUGGGUCCAUUUGAACUGUGCUCUUUGGUCUACAGAGGUCUAUGAGACACAGGCUGGUGCCUUAAUUAACGUGGAACUAGCACUGCGAAGAGGCUUGCAAAUGAAAUGCAUGUUCUGUCACAAAAUGGGUGCCACCAGCAGUUGUCACAGGUUAAGAUGCACCAAUAUUUAUCACUUUACCUGUGCCAUUAAAGCACAAUGCAUGUUUUUUAAAGACAAAACCAUGCUUUGCCCCAUGCACAAACCAAAGGGAGCUCAUGAGCAAGAACUUAGUUACUUUGCAGUUUUCAGGAGGGUCUACAUUCAACGUGAUGAGGUACGGCAGAUUGCUAGUAUAGUACAGCGGGGAGAACGCGAGCACACUUUCCGUGUAGGAAGCCUGAUCUUCCACACCAUUGGUCAGCUGCUGCCACAACAGAUGCAGGCAUUCCAUUCUUCAAAAGCUCUCUUCCCUGUUGGAUACGAGGCCAGCCGGUUGUAUUGGAGCAUGCGGUAUGCAAACAGGCGGUGUCGCUAUCUGUGUUCUAUUGAGGAGAAGGAUGGCUUUCCAGUGUUUGUGAUCAGGAUUGUUGAGCAUGGUCAUGAUGAUCUGGUUCUUACUGAUUCAACACCAAAAGGUGUGUGGGAUAAAAUCUUGGAAACUGUUGCUUCUGUUAGAAAGGAUUCUGAAAUGCUGCAGCUCUUUCCUGGAUAUUUGAAGGGUGAAGACCUCUUUGGUUUGACAGUCUCUGCAGUGGCAAGAAUCGCUGAAUCACUUCCUGGGGUUGAGGCUUGUGAGAACUACACUUUCCGAUAUGGCCGAAACCCUUUAAUGGAACUUCCUCUUGCCAUCAACCCCACGGGCUGUGCCCGUGCUGAGCCUAAAAUGAGUACCCAUGUCAAGAGGUUUGUGUUAAGGCCUCACACCUUGAAUAGCACCAGCACCUCAAAGUCAUUUCAGAGCACAGUGACAGGAGAGCUAAAUGCGCCUUACAGUAAACAGUUUGUCCAUUCCAAGUCCUCCCAAUACCGCAAAAUGAAGACUGAAUGGAAAUCCAAUGUAUAUCUGGCUCGCUCUCGGAUUCAGGGCCUAGGCUUAUAUGCUGCUAGAGACAUUGAAAAGCACACCAUGAUCAUUGAAUAUAUUGGAACUAUCAUCCGUAAUGAGGUAGCAAACAGGAAAGAGAAGCUAUAUGAAUCUCAGAAUCGUGGAGUGUACAUGUUCCGCAUUGACAAUGAUCAUGUCAUUGAUGCUACAUUGACAGGAGGGCCUGCGAGGUAUAUUAACCAUUCAUGUGCACCUAACUGUGUAGCUGAGGUGGUGACUUUUGAGAGAGGACACAAGAUUAUCAUCAGCUCCAACAGGAGAAUCCAGAAGGGGGAGGAGCUUUGCUAUGACUAUAAGUUUGAUUUUGAAGAUGACCAGCACAAGAUCCCAUGUCACUGUGGAGCUGUAAACUGCCGAAAAUGGAUGAACUAGAAUGCAUUCCUUGCUGUCUUUGAGGGUUGCUUGUCCCCAAGAAGAAGUGACUUACAUUUUGAUUUUGUCGACAGAAAAUUCUUACCUUCCUGAGUUGUAGGAAUUAAAAUCACUUCUGGGAGU